ACAGUGCUUCCGGUGUCACUCUAACGUGACGCUAUGUAAUGUUUGUUUGCUCUUGGUGAUUCAUGUAGAUAUGUUAGAUUCACAUAGUAAUAAUUCAAUAUUUAUACCAAUCCAUGACAUUUUUGUAACAGAAAUCUACUAACUUUUUUUACAACAGUUUAUAAAUUGAAGUAAACAUAUUUUACACCCUAUUCGCAAAAUUAUGUGGUGCUGUAGUGAAGUAAGGUGGGUGUGAUAGGAACGCUCUCUGCUUCAAGUUCUAUUGAAGAAAAACGUGAAUGCCUUAGAUUUUAGAAACAACGAGUGUAUCUUUGUAAGUUAUUCAUAUACUGAUAUAGCACGUGAGGUGAAGAGAAGACUGAGAAGGAAUGGGGAAUUUACUCAAGCUUUUAUCCCGAGAUGAGACCCCAAAGUAUGAUGUUUUUGUUGAUUUUGAAAAUGCUCAGCCUUCUGAAUCUGAAAAAGAUACUUAUUUAAUUGUUCAGGAGGUGCUACAACAUUCCAGGGAUGUACUGCAAGAGCUUCAGAUGUACAAAGGAGCAGGAAAUGAGAUCCGAAUGGCUAUUGCAAAUCCUCGAAAUGCAACCCAACAGAUAAGAGCAUGGGAAUCUGUUCUUCCUCUUGUUUAUAAACUUAGACAGUUUUAUGAAUUUUCUCAACAUUUAGGUAAUAAACUGGAAUCAAA